AUGGACGAGGAUCACUAUGACACCCCGUGGGAAUUCCUCGUUCGUCCUGGCUCUAUUCGAUUGAGUACUGCGCAAGAUCAAGAUCGUUCCAGGGCAUGCGUCUUCCCGGUUCCUCUUCUCCUCGUGGCUGUGACUCCUCGUCGAGCCCCUCAUCACCUCUUCCUCCACAAACAUCUCCAUCGCGGCUCUCAAAUGGAAAUUCCCCUCCAAACACUCAAAAUCAUCACGUCCACCAGCUCACACAACAACAGUUUUCUCCAGAACACGAGCGAAACAAAAGGAGGACAAAUGAGAAGAGGAUUAGAUCGAAUCGAGGCUGAGAAACGAUUGGAGUCGACGAAUCUCGGAGAUUAUUUGCUAAGGUACAGAAAGGAGGGAUCGGCUGCGCUCAGUUUGAAAGGGUCAACAAGCGUGCUUCACAUUAAGCUAGAGCGUCGAGAUGGGCAAUGGAUCGUUGGUGAAGGGCCGACUUUUCGCUCAAUCUCCUCCGCAAUUCAAUACUAUCGUCGUCAUCCUCUUCCAAUUCGAGGCGCUGAGCACGUGCUUUUAAAUCGUAAUUUCUCAAAAACCGGUUACUCAGAUUUC